CGGACCACUUGCGCAGAUAAAGAUAAAUCGGAUCCGCGCCUCCGGAGUCUCUUUGAGCAAAGCCCCCUCCCUCCUCCAACGUCUCGGAAUGGGCCUACAAUCACGUCAGGCAAUGGCGCAGGGCCUUGACUCCAGACCGACUGUGGAGGACUUCCGCGAAGACAAUACAUGGGUGCGGCUGGCCAAAACCCACUGGCUGGAGGGUUCAAAGGCCCGCAAAGUCAAGCAGGAUGUCAUCAAAAAGGAUCUUUGGGAUCCCCUCGAGGCCGAGAACUUCAGUUUCCGGUCGCUCCUGACGCUAGAAAAUCUCAAUGUCCUGGAAAAGUUCCUUUGGCCGACCUACACAGAAGAUGCGUCGAACUACCAUGUGCUCCUGCUCGCCCUGCUUGUGAGUGUCAAGCAGCGGGAACAUCUACCGAUCUGGGGCAUCUUCUCCGAUCGCCCUGCUGAUUUCUCGAAUCUUUUCCACCGAAUUCUUUCUAUGAGCGUCGAUCCAUCGCUCGGGACCUCUUCGCGCUUGUCGAUAGUCUCAUUUAUCAUCGGCUCCUUCCAGUCUGUCGAGAACCCGUUGAUACGCAAAGAAUGUGCGCCUCUUGUUUCAAUCUCUAUCUGGCACAACCUGUCCAGCGAAGAAGCACGAGAGCGCUUAUUGACGAAGAGCCCGGGACUGAAGAAGGCAUGGAGGGCUGCGGCCAAACGUUACGAUGCAGGGGAUGACGCAGCUAAAGCCAGGAUGCGCUAUGAGCGAUCGUGGCUAUACACCAUGCUUUUGGAUUUCCUGCGGAGGUUAAAUGGACCUGAAAAGGAUCAGGCAGAUAAUCUGCGAUACUGCGAGCGACUCCUUGAAUUCCUUGUGGAUUUGGAAAGCCAGCCACCAACUAGACGCUAUGUGAACACACUCUUGAAGGACUUGAACUUCCUGUCGGUUAUCCGCCUGUCGCAAUUAUACCGUUCUCCCGACAGUGCACUGUUCCGCGAUCUCUGCAGUCUUCUGAAGCAUUUCAGCGCGUUCGCCGUUGAUGAUUUCACCGGGGAGGCUUUGUCUCCCCAAGUCAUAUACGAUACCCACUGCCAGGAGCUAGCGCGUCUCCAAAGGACAUGUAUGAAAUAUUUCAAAGACAAGCUGAUGAUCUUAGCUCUAUCGAACUACGGGUCCAUUGAACAGCGCUCCGAGCUAGAAGGGCAAUUGGCGACCCUGGAGGAAUCAGAGCUUCAGAGCCUGUGCUCCCAUCUUGGUUUUCGUACCGACUACCCAAAACAGUGUCAAAUAACCCCUGAUCGCCAUCUAUACAUGGAAGUUCUCUUGUCAUUCUAUGAACGGAAGACAACGUUCCAAGAAGCCGCGUCGCAGCUCAGCAUUGUUCCCACCGAUGAAAACCUCUAUGACCCAACCUUGCUACGCAAUGAAACAUACGAUGGAUCCAGGCCGCUUGCCAUACCCAAGCUGAACCUCCAGUAUCUUAGCCUUGGUGACUUCUUGUGGCGCUCGUUCCUACUCUAUCGGUCAGAGGCAUUCUUCCAGAUCCGUAAAGACAUGGAGUCGGUGGUCAAACGGAUGCAACCCCGUGCAAGCCGGGAUGGCAAGACGCUGGCAUUUGAUGGGUUCUCGAGAAUGGCCAUUCCCAUUACAAAGCCGGCCAUCAUCGAAGUCGCACCACCCAAAGUCGGUUCGGCAAAGCCUGCGUUCGUCAGGGCUGAAAUCGCUAUCGAGGUGGGUAGACUGGCCGACCACAUCCGAAUGGAGUGGGAAUCGCUUCGUCCGGAUGAUGUGGUCUUCCUAUUGGCUGUGCAGUCUGAUGGAGCGAGUAAGUCAGGACUCCGAGAUCCUGAGAGUCCCAGCCUCAAGCAUCUUCGGACAGCGGAAAUCGUGCAGGUUCUUGAUGAAAACGGCCGCCCACUGCGCGAACCUGUGUCGGGACAAUCGAACGGGCACCGGUAUAGGCCGCGCGUUCGGAAAUUGCUGGUCAACCUCGACCCUGCUGCGUUCAAGGCAGACAAAGACAGUCUUACGCAAGGGAAACCCGACGUCUACCCGUUGAUCAAUGUGAUAGCGAGACGGAAGGGCCGGGAGAAUAAUUUCAGAUCCAUACUUGACACUAUGCAGAAACUCAUUGUUUCGGACAUCACUCUUCCCUCCUGGAUCCAGGAUAUCUUCUUAGGUUAUGGAGACCCGGCGGGGGCUCGAUACACCCAGCUGCCCAAUCGACUAAGAUCGGUGGACUUCCGAGACACGUUCCUGGACUGGCAGCAUCUCAUUGAGAGUUUCCCCGGGUUGACCAUAGAGCCGCCGAAGGAGGAAACCUCAAGCUUUGGCCCCCCAUACAUACUAGAGUACGUUGAAGAGCCUUCUAAGGUACCCUCGGCGGAGACGUCAAAGAAGCGACGGAGAGAGCAAGCAGAGAAAGGAACAGCACCCAAGUCCCUUCGCGUUUCAACCUAUAAACCGCCCAACCCAGGCCCUUAUCCGAUUGACGCUCCCAAACUCAACGCCGUCCGCUUCACCCCGGCGCAGGUGGAGGCCAUUACCUCGGGAACUCAACCCGGACUUACAGUUAUUGUCGGGCCUCCUGGCACAGGUAAAACGGAUGUCGCAACACAGAUCAUCAAUAACAUCUAUCACGAUUUCCCCAACGAGCGCACGCUGCUUAUUGCGCACAGCAAUCAAGCACUGAACCAACUGUUCCAGAAAAUCGUUUCACUAGACAUUGAUGAACGUCAUCUUCUGCGUCUCGGCCACGGCGAAGAGGAGCUGGAGACCGAGACCAGCUACAGCAAGUACGGACGUGUAGAAUCCUUCCUGGAGAAUCGCAACUACUUUCUCGGUGAGGUUACUCGGUUAGCAGCGUCGAUCGGAGCACAAGGUGCCCAUGGCAACUCCUGCGAAACUGCUGGGUAUUUCAACACCGUUUACAUACAACCUGCGUGGGCCAAGUUCUGGGAUCAGGCUCGCAGUGAAACCGCUUCGACCGAAGAAAUCAUCGCGACCUUCCCAUUCCACACCUACUUUACCGACGCUCCUCAGCCUGUCUUGGAUCCGAAUGCUACAAAAGAUACCCUCCUGGACGUGGCCGAGGGUUGCCAGCGGCACAUCGACAAGAUCUUCUCCGAAUUAGAAGACAUCCGUCCGUUCGAAAUCUUGCGUCAGCCCAAGGACAAGGCCAACUACCUUCUCGUCAAAGAAGCAAGAAUAAUCGCCAUGACGUCCACACAUGCUGCAAUGCGUCGCCAGGAAAUAGCCAAUCUUGGGUUCCACUAUGACAAUGUGAUUGUAGAAGAGGCAGCCCAGAUCACAGAGAUUGAAAGCUUCAUCCCUGCCGCCCUGCAGAACAUGAAGAAUGGCGAGCUCCCUCUGAAGCGCGUGGUUCUCUGUGGUGACCAUCUCCAGAACUCUCCCAUUAUCCAGAACAUGGCUUUCCGACAGUACGCACAUUUCGAGCAAAGUCUGUUCCUCCGGUUGGUGAGGUUGGGUGUCCCAGUUGUCACGCUUGACCAGCAGGGCCGCGCAAGGCCAAGCAUUGCAGAGCUCUUCCGGUGGCGUUAUCAGCAACUUGGAGACCUGCCUGCCGUAGAGACGGCGCCGGAGUUCAAGCGCGCCAACGCCGGUUUCCAGUUCGAGUACCAGUUCAUCAAUGUCCCUGACUAUCAGGGCACCGGAGAACGUGAACCCACUCCCCACUUCAUCCAGAACCUGGGAGAGGCUGAGUACGCUGUUGCCAUCUACCAAUAUAUGCGUCUCCUGGGGUACCCGGCCUCGAAGAUAUCCAUUCUUGCCACAUAUGCAGGUCAAACGGCACUAAUCAAGGAUGUCUUGAACCAUCGCUGCGCCAAGAACUCGCUGUUUGGCAUGCCCAAGAUCGUCACGACGGUGGACAAGUACCAAGGUGAACAAAAUGACUACGUGAUUCUGUCGCUCACACGUACUCGCACUGUUGGUUACCUCCGCGAUGUCCGUCGCCUGACCGUUGCACUCUCUCGCGCCCGUCUUGGGCUCUACAUCCUCGGCCGUCGCGAGGUGUUUGAGUCGUGCUAUGAACUCAAGCCCGCGUUUGACUUGCUGCUCCAGCGCCCAGACAAACUCAUGCUUGCCCCGGGAGAGAUGUUCCCGUCUGCGCGCUCCCUGGAGGACGAGGUCCAGGGCACUCCGAUGGAAAGCGUCGAGCAUCUUGGCCAGUACGUGUUCGAGAUGACCCAGACCAAGCUCAAGGCCAUGGGUGAAGAGAGCGUUGUCGACAAUGAAAUGUAUGUCGGCGACGAGGAUAUCGCGUUGGACGAAGACGAAGUCAUGCUUGGAGCCGGGGAGGAAGGCGAUGAUGAUCCAUUGCACGAGCAUACCUUCCCCUGAGCGUGAUCUACUAUUCUCAGCAACACCUGAGCCCCGACCAUUAUGUACGUGUGUGCACUCUUUAGUUCUCCAUUCCCUUUGAGAAGCAAAGUCACGAAUCUGCGAGCUCGUGCUGGCUAUUUGAAUGACUAAAUGGUCGCGAUGAGACUAUU